CCAGGAAGAGGGGGAGGAUCCCGCCGCCAUCCGCCGGCCGGUCCCGCCAUGGCGCGGGUUCUGAUCGUGGGCGCGGGGCUGACGGGCAGCCUGUGCGCUGCGCUUUUGCGCAGGGAGCUGCCGCAGCGCCUCCUGCGCAUCGUGCUGUGGGACAAGGCUCGCGGCGCAGGGGGAAGAAUGGCUACAAGCCGCAGCACUCAGGAUCCGAAAUGCACGGCAGAUCUAGGAGCCCAGUACGUCACUCGGAUGCCCGAAUAUGCCAAAAAGCAUCAAGGCUUUUACGAAGAUCUGCUGACUCACGGAGUGCUGCGGCCAAUGACUGCCCCUGUAGAAGGAAUGCAGAUGAAGGAAGGGGCGGAGAAUUUUGUAACACCAGAGGGAAUGUCAUCAAUUGUGAAGCACUAUUUAAAGGAGUCAGCAGGUGCUGAUGUCUUCUAUAACCACCACGUCACACAAAUCUGCCUCAGAGAUGAGAAGUGGGAGGUCUGUGUUAGUACAGGCUCCUCAGACCAGUUUGACAUAGUUAUUCUCACAGUGCCUGUCCCACAGAUUCUUCAGCUCCAGGGAGACAUUGUGAACAUAAUUAACAAAAGUCAAAGGCAGCAACUGGAAUCUGUGAGCUACUCCUCUCGUUACGCUCUGGGCCUUUUUUAUGAAGCCGGCACACAGAUUGAUGUCCCUUGGGCAGCACGGUACAUCUCCGAUAAUCCCUGCAUACGCUUCAUCUCCAUUGAUAAUAAGAAGCGCAAUAUAGAAUCACCUGAUGUCGCGCCAUCUGUUGUUGUUCACACCAGCGUUCCCUUUGGAACUAGCCACUUGGAGUCAGACAAGGAAAAGGUUCAGCAGUUGAUCCUAGACCAGCUGAAAGAUGUUGUACCUAGUUUGCCUAAACCAGCCAGCAUCAAGUGCCAUAGGUGGAGGUAUUCUCAGGUUACCAAAGCUUUCCCUGGCAGUCCAGGACAAAUAACUCUCCAUACAAAACCGUUUCUUGUCUGUGGAGGUGAUGGAUUUAUUCAUUCCAACUUUGAUGGGUGCAUAGAUUCAGCAAUGAGUAUUGUGCAGGCUUUGAAGUCCAGUUUGUAGGAUUUUUCAUCAUUUGCUUGCUUGUUUCCUGUCCCACCCCCAUGCCAUCUUAUUUCUAUGACGAAUUAUACAAUAUACUAAAGCUUGAUAUACUUUACCUACUUGCCCUCUAUUUUAAGGAAAUAAAUCAUGAGAAGUCUUCAGA